AAAAUCCGGGCCGGUGAGGGACGACUUCAUGAAAGUUCCGAAGCUGCGCGACACCGGACGCCCAGCAUAGCCCAACGCGCUCCGGCGCGUGAUGAUUGCCGAGGUCCCCACCAUCGCCAUCGAUUUGGUGGAAAUCGAGGUCAACUCGUCGGUCCUGGGCGACGAGUUCAUCGCCCACCGCGUAGGGCUCAUCCCUCUCACCAGCGAGCGCGCCAUGGCCAUGCGCUUCUCCCGCGACUGCGACGCAUGCGACGGCGACGGCCAGUGCGAGUACUGCUCCGUCGAGUUCCACCUCCGCGCUAAGUGCAUCAACGACCAGACGCUUGAUGUUACCUCUAAGGACCUUUACAGCUCCGACCACACCGUUGUUCCUGUUGAUUUCUCCGAUUCCUCUACUGGAAUCGAUAACGGAGAGAGCAAGGGAAUCAUUAUUGUGAAGCUGCGUCGUGGCCAGGAGCUGAUAUUAAGAGCCAUAGCUCGGAAAGGAAUUGGCAAAGAUCAUGCGAAAUGGUCACCUGCAGCAACAGUGACUUUCAUGUACGAACCUGAUAUUUAUAUCAACGAAGAGUUGAUGGAGAGUCUGACCCUUGAGGAGAAAAGAGAGUUUGUCGAAAGCAGCCCAACAAAAGUGUUUGACAUUCAUCCCACUACCCAACAGGUUAUCAUUCAUGAUGCAGAGGCAUAUACAUACGACGAUGAGGUGAUCAAGAAAGCUGAAGCAAUGGGGAAACCAGGCCUUGUCGAAAUCCAUGCCAAAGAAGACAGUUUCAUAUUCACAGUCGAGACAACUGGCGCCGUAAAAGCUUCACAAUUGUUUCUCAAUGCAAUAGAUAUACUUAAGCAGAAGCUGGAUGCUGUUCGAUUAUCAGCAGACACUGUCGAAGCCGAUGAACAGUUUGGAGAAUUGGGAGCACAUAUGCGUGGAGGGUAAUGAUUGGUCGAUAAUUUUUCCUAGUUUGUUUGUUUUCAAUCUGUAGGGUCUAUUUCAAAAAUCGGUGCAAAAAAACUUUUGAAAUCGCAGUUAAUAUAUCGAAAACUGAACUGAAUUGUGCAUUUUUGAAUGCUGUUUAACAUGUGGUGUAACUACUGCUAACUAUGCAUGAAGUAAUUAAUGUAUGGAUCUGUUUUAAACUGGAGUUUGUAGGCUGCAUGGGUUCCUUUAGGUAUGAAAUUUUGAUUUUCGGUCC